GAUAAGAGAUACAUUAAAAAUUGUAACGAAUAUAGUUACUAAACUGCAUAGUUAUUUGUUCAGUCUUUAUUGCUACGUAUUUUGCUAACGUUCUUAUUUGGGACAGACUCGAGUGAGGCUUCAAAAUCUCAUCUCAUCGAUCCGUGAAUGUAUUUAUGACUAUGAUGUGUGAGCCCAUGCUCCAGUGUGUGAGUUGAUAUUGACCAGGUCAGAACACGAAUGUGUGUGAGUGUGACUCAUCAUUUCUCCAAAGAAAAGCUUUGUGGUGUAGUGUUGAAACAACCGACUGUGACGGAUAUAUCCUGUGUAAGUCGGCGACACCAGAUGUUCAGAUUAUGACGCCUGGACACACUUAAACACAGAGCUCUGUUAGACGCACAGCACACGACACCGCGACACUUGCUGUACACGACACAGCGACACUUGCUGUACACGACACAGCGACACUUGCUGUACACGACACAGCGACACUUGCUGUACACGACACAGCGACACUUGCUGUACACGACACAGCGACACUUGCUGUACACGACACAGCGACACUUGCUGUACACGACACAGCGAUACGAUGCGCUACAGGGACACCAACAAGGUGCAGCUGCUCAACUUUGUGGUACUGGUCACGGGGAGUAUCAUGUGCCUGUUGGGCGCCGUAGCACCUUUCUGGCAGGAAGGUGAGAUUAACCUGAAUUAUCUGAAAGCCCACUCCAACAGCAGCGGCACAAGUGAUGUCCACGUGAUAGGUGGGUUAUGGUGGUACUGCUACGCAGACCCUAUCACUGGUAACACCUGUGACAUUUACCCACUUGGUGGUGAGGAAGGAGCCAUUUGGGCUGUCAGAUUGUUUGUCUUCCUUAAUGUGCUACUGUCAGUGUUCUGUUGUCUGACAGUAUUCUUCCGCAUCUGUUUCCAGGGUGUUGGUAGAACCAUCUGCCAGGGUAUCACAGCGUUUGUUACAGGUUGCUGUGGAUUUGUUGUUGUGGGACUCUUUGUUUACUUAUUCGACAAUGGCUACUCACUACCCCUCAAAGGAGUUGUCUUUUCUUGGGUUUUCUAUAUUUACAUCAUUGGCUGCGCUCUAGUGACGGUUGCAGCUGGUUUCCUGUGUUUGGUCGUUCCAUGAGAGCAGACCGUGUCAUUGUGUACAAUAAUGUCUUCAUUAUCAACUAUAGAAGGCUGAAUUUCAUUGGCCGAUGCUGCUUUCGAUCUAUGAUAGCAUUUUAUUUGCAUUCGAAGGCUAGAUCUAAGCCUUAGAACGUCUAUGAUCUAUACAUUCUAGAUCUGCCUCCAAUCUAUAAAUCGUUGCUAAAAAAAUGCUGCCAAUAUUUUCCAAAGUGAGAACAUUUUGAGACACCUAGAUCUAAUUGUAACCUUUAACCUUGCUCAGAAAACUGGCGACCAAAGAUAAAAAAAAAGAAAACAAAUCUCGGUCUGGGAGUGCCAAUGAACCACUAGUAGAACCAGAGUUCAUCCCAAAUAAAAAUGCGAGGUUUCGUAGUUGAUGAACUGAAUUGAAAUAACAAUCAAUGUAUUUUUUUUUUGUCAAUUUAAACCAUGUCUUUCUUUCAGGACAACUUUUUCUCUUAAGAAGGAAACAGAGUAAUGAUUAUCUCAUUGCUAGUUGACUCGGCCUUGGGGGCCAAAUAAAUUUCGACGCGUGUGUCUCAGGAACUAUCACUGCAAGUCCUUAGGAACCAAUCAUUAGCGGCUUUAUUAUAGACUGGGACAGAAGUUUCGAUGGUCGGAUAGCAUUGCUGUCUCCGGCGGAAUACGGUGUACAGGUCGAAGUUUGAUUAAUUUGUGCAACAGUUAAUUUACAAACUGUUCUAAUUUAACCAUUAUUUAACAUUCAAUUUUUGUGUGGUUAAUGUGGCGGUAUUUUUCUUUAACUUUAGAGUAGUCCACCUUGAGAUUUAUUUUUUGUCUUUUCUUCCGCCAUCUGUUGUCGUUGCCCCAUUUCUUUCUGAACCCUGAACUAACUGAAUGCCAGUCAAUGGUUAAUGGGUUGUUGUUGUUUUUAGAUAAUCAGGGAAGUGUAAAUUAUCUAGGUCUAGUUAGAAAGUGUCAGACAGAGGAAUUCAUUUUCGGAAGACUAAAAGUAACCUUUAUAACUUUGUGUUUGUUUGAACGACAAUGAGGAAAUGAAGUUAAAAUUUGUUCCAUGACAUUCAAUAUUACAACUUGCCUUUCAAAUCUUUUACAAAGCUCACUCUGUCUGUCUGGUCAAAAGUUUGUACACAUUAUUUCUCCCACACUUAUUCUCAAAUAAGUUCAAACUUUGCACAAUUAUUCAUAGCCAUAGAUAAAACAUGAAUCAAUGAAAAAAUUAAACAAUUACUGGUAAUUAUUUUUUUCUGAUACCAUCAUGGGACAUUAAUCCUUCAGUAUUCAAAGAUACGGCUAAAUAUGUAUAGUUUCUGCCCCGUCUCAAGACUAAACCAAAACCAGUUACACAUCUAGAGACAUCCUUUGCCUUUCGAGACAAAAGGUGCCAUAUAUAUAGGUCCCCCUUAGAUAACUGAACACGUUAAUUCUCCCACAACCAUUCACGGAUCAAGUUGAAACUUUAAAUAAUUAUUUAUUGUACCUAAAAAAGAUGAUACAAUUAAAAAUGAACAAUUAGUCAAUUAAUUAUAGGUAAUUAAUUAUUUUGUUUGGUAUUGAAUAUGGGAAAUAAUUUCUAUAUUAUUGAUAGAUAUUUUUAAGUGCGGAGUUUUUUCCCUUAGAUAAGCAUUGUUUUAAAUAAGAUUUUUUAAAAAUAUAUUUUCGUGAUGUGUUUUAGGUAUAAAAUGUAUAUACUAUGUGUUUUAGGUAUAAAAUGUAUAUACUAUGUGUUUUAGGUAUAAAAUGUAUAUACUAUGUGUUUUAGGUAUAAAAUGUAUAUACUAUGUGUUUUAAGUAUAAAAACAGUAUAUUUAUUUUUAAAGAAAUAACCAUUAUAAAUGUGAUGGUGAGGUAGAAUGUUCAAUAGGGCUUCUAGUUUUGAAAUUAAAUAUGUCACUGUGACAGCUAACAAUAAUUAAUAUAGAUACCUGUUCAAUUGUACAGCAUCAAUAAUUGAUAACUUGAACUCUAUUCCGGUGAUUUAAUGAUGUUACAUUUAAUUUGUACAUAUAAUGCAGUUUUCUCAUUUUGCGGUACUGUAUUAUUAAAGAAUGCCUUCCACUUUUUUUUCCAAAGAUAUUUUGUGGAAUAUUUGUUAACAUGCUUUACAUUUCUGAUGCCGAUAGUUUCAUUAACAUUUAUUAUGUUUUCAUUUAAUGUGUUGGUUUUUGCUAAAUACGAUUAUGUCAAGAAAUGAGAGCUUCCUAUUUUGUCAAGAAUGGGAUCUACCUCUUCUAUCAAGAAAUGAGAUCCUUUCAAACGUAUUUUAUAAGGAACUACCUAGUUUGUUCAAUAAAAAAUAAGGUACAAUCAA